AAUCAUAACCUUUACGAAAUUAAUAUCAAACCUCAAACUUGUACGGAAAUAUGAACACUAAUGCUUGGAACACCAAUGUUAAUGCCCUAGAUCACUUUGAACCUGCCACAACGACACUCUUUCAUGACACAUCAGCUCCGGCAGCCCUGGCACCGAUUUCACGGAGUCCAAGUUUUCGGAGCAUUUUCUUUGGGGAGAAUUGGGCGGAGCUGCCGCUGAAGGAGGAUGAUACCGAAGACAUGGUCAUCUAUGGAGCUUUGCGCGAAGCUGCUGCCACCACGGGCUGGUUCCCGCCUAGUAACAAAGUGGUGAACAAUGUUGAUAUGGCGGUGAAAAUAGAAGAUCAAGGUCAAAGCAGUGGAACUUCAUUGGCGAGUGUUGCUCACGUGCAACAAGUGCCAACGACUAGUAAAAGGUUAGGGUACCGUGGAGUUAGGAGAAGGCCUUGGGGAAAGUAUGCGGCUGAGAUAAGGGAUCCUAAGAGAAAUGGCGCGAGGGUGUGGCUUGGGACUUAUGAAACGGCUGAGAAUGCAGCUUUGGCUUAUGAUCGAGCUGCGUUUAAAAUACGUGGCUCAAAAGCUAAGCUAAAUUUUCCUCAUUUGAUCGACUCAGAUUACACUGGGUCGGUUAAGUUCACACGGAAAGAGCGCUAGCUAGUCGAGUUGUUAUCGUCAAAUAUGUAUGUGAAAGUUUUCCAUCAUAUUGUGACAUUGUGCUUUGGAUAAUUUGUAAUAAAUUUUCCCUUUUAUAGAUAGCAAGUUCAUAUGAUAAUAAUGAGAAAGAUAGCAAAAAUUGAUGGAGGAAUGUUGUUAUUCAACUCACAUUCCACGAAGUCGAGAGUUCUUGUCAAAAUCUUA